AUGUGCACUUGGUCUUACCUUCACCAUCAUCAUGUUCAACCGUGCCCUCGGCCGAUUGACAAUGUCUUCCACUGGGAGUUCUGCAUAGAUGCUGGAAGAGAUUCAGAUGGCAGCUUCCAGACUCCCUGCGAUAUGGUCACUUCCAAUGCUGUCCAGAACGUUGAUUUUGAUAAUCCUUGCGCAACCGGAGGUUGUCUUAUUUCUCCCGAUUGUAGCGCUGGCAGCUGCCGUUUGCAAGAGUUGAAUGGCUAUUGGACCUGCUGUCAAUGCAGCAGAGGCAGCAACACCCUUCGCUGGUGUCGACACAAAAUGAAGAAGAGUCCAGACACUUUCUGCUACCACCGAGUUUGCAGAAAUUGCACGGCGGACACUAACACCUGA